AUGGGUUGCUGUUUAACCACCACUGCCGCCACCGCCGCCGCCGCUGCCGCACACGACUCCAAAACCAGCUCAAAACGCCGUGAUGCUCCUCCAUCGUUGCCAUUUGAAGAAGAAACAGUGAAAGAAGUCCUCUCCGAAAUUCCAGUCGCCUCCAAAAAACCAUCGCCGUUGAUCAGUUCCUCCCCAACAAAAAUCACCGCCGACUACCAACAGAUUCCUCAUCCCGAACAAGAUUUUAAGUCUAAAAACGCUGUCGUUCAGUUGACCAAGAACCCAAUUGAAGAAAAUGCUUCUGAGAUCUCGUCGGAGAUGUAUACUUACAGUGCGAGCUUUUCCGCUGCAACGACGACGACGACGAUCGGAACCGGAACAAUAGAUGAAGAUGGAGAAGUUACCCAGAAAGUAAAAAAGCUUCCGCCUGCCAAGAUGGUGUCGAGAAGACAGCCGACGAACUAUUCCGGCGAACGCGCCACUAGGAAAGAAAGAGGUAUUAGGCCUCCGGCUAGAAGAUCAGCUGUUCCAUCCACGGAUAAAAAACCCCACUUUCCGUCCAGAAAUGUAACCACUGCACAACGCCAAGGAAACCUGGUACCAUCGAGUGCCAUCCGACGUGAACCUCCAGCUCGGAGAUCGAGAUCGCCGGCGUUGCGGGGGGAAGCAGGAAAACUUACGAAAGUUACGGAGAGAAGUCCUGUUCAGAAGUCUGGCAACCGGGUACCGGUGAACAUGGCGGAGAAUAAUGGAAAUGUUAAGUUAAAGAAGAUUAAAGGCGGUGGCGAUGGCGUGCCGGAGCCGGAGGAGCCGGGGACAUGUGAAUCGCUGGAGAAUCCCCGUGUUUCGUUGGAGUGCUUCAUAUUCCUGUAA